AUGCCUACCCUGCACAACUGGAAUGGCCAGAUACAGUUCAACGUUGUCAAUGGCAAACUCAAGGCCCCGACACAGAUUGCAGAAAUCCAGGAGAUCGUGAAACAAGCUUCAAGCCAGAAUCAACGAGUGACCGUCGUCGGCGCCAUGCAUUCGACCACAGAAUGCAUGGUAGGCAGCGAUGUCGUGAUUUCGAUGAAGAACAUGAACAACAUCCUCUCCGUCGAUAAGGAGCACCUGACCGUUACUGUGCAAGGCGGUGCAUCCUUGCAUCAGGUGUGUUCACACUUGAGAGGACUGGGCCUUCAGCUGCCUGUCAUCCUCGAGUUCGGGAAUUUUCAGAUUGGUGCCAUGAGCGGUACGCAUGCCAACGACACAUCGAUAACCCGCAAGGCACAGUUCUCGUCGUAUGUUGCUGGUGUGAAGAUGGUCACACCGGAGGGAGAUAUCAUGGAAGUCUCGGAAACACAGAAUGCACAGUAUCUGCCCGCAGUCCGUUCUCAUUUCGGCAUGCUCGGUGUCAUCUGCGAGGUCACAAUGAACGUCUUCAAGACCCAGCCAUUGCACUUCAGUUUCCAGCUCGUGGAGGUCGAUUCGUUUCUUGAUGGCUUUACGGAGGGGGUGAAGGUUCUCAAAGGAGCAAACGACCAGGUUUUCGGAAUGCUGUUUCCCAACUCUGGGAAAUUGGUCUGGCAGUGCCGAAAGUUCAUAGAACCAGGAGCGGUGAACUCGAGGCCAAAUGCUCUGGAAGCUUUGCUGGGACCUAUUGAAAGCAAGGGAAUCAGUUUAUUCCCAGACCUUUUCUUGCCCCUGGUGAAGGCGACAACCGGGCUUCACCUCUCACCUGUCGCCGCCGAAGCUGUCAACGCUGCACUUGUCGACUUGCCGCUGAAGAUCAUGCAACACAGUUCCUACACCAUUGACCCCUGCCAGCGUGGCAUUAUCUACGGUGAAGAUGAUCCAGGAUUUGAAUUCUACGACUGGAUGAUCCCAGAGGAAAACUGGGUUGAUAUGGUCCGGUCGUUUCUGCAACUGACUGGGGUCUUUCGGCGAGAACACGAGUUCAUCCUAACAUUGCCUACCGUGAUCUACUUUCUGCCCCAUGAUCAGUCGUCUCUUCUGUCACGAUCAUACGGUGGGAAUAUGAUUGCGGUUGACCCUAUGUAUCCAGACCCAUCGGAUCCUACUUGGAAGAUGUUCCGCCUUGCCUUCAAUGAGAUUGCCAUGAAGCAUGGCGGUAUUCCUCAUAUCAACAAGACGCGUGAUGGAGCGAUUUCCCACUUUGCAAAGGCGCACGACCAGGGAAGCCUUAAGCAAUAUCUUGAAAUCCGGAAGAAGUUCGACCCCAAGAAUUUGUUCAUCAACGACUACUUCAAGACUCUGUUCUCCGGGUACCUCUAA